CUCUCUCUCUCUCCCUCUCCCUUCCCCCCGGCUCUCUCUCUCUCUCUUUCUCUCUCUCUCUCUCUCUCUCUCUCUCUCUCUCGCUCGCUUUCUUCUCCUAUGUGUCUUCUUACCCUUGCCGUUAAUCUCUGUCUUCCUUCUGAUGGCCAGUACUAUGUUGACAAGGUAAAAUGCUCUCUUUGUCAUGGCUGCAGCUCCAUAGAACAGAGGAGUGUACAUGAAUUGUCUACAUCACUUCUGGUCAGCGUUUAUACCAUCUUAGUUCAGGGCAUGGUGUCAUGUGUGAGUGAGUUGACACGAGUGUGUGGAUGUUGUAUGGUUGAUGCCAGCAAUGCUGUCUAAACACACACACCCAGGCGUGGAUAUAAUUAUAGUUAUUUGGGGGGGGGGGGGCACAGGUGGGUGCUUUAUGUGUGUUAUGGGUGUGUAUAAAAUUAUGCGUGCAUGUUUUGUUUUUGCACCUUUAGUUUGAGCGGGAUCUCGAUUCGAUCCGCGAACAGCACUACAUCCUGCUGCAGUCUACAGAUAAGCAGGAAAGGCUGGAGCAGGCAUUCCGCACCCGGCUGGAGGAUCGCUGCCGUCGACUAGAACAGGUCAACAAACAGCUGAAGGCCAAGCUAGAAGAUGAGCGGCGGCAGACUGACUCGGUUGUGCUGCACGCCCGGGAUGAUAUGAUGGGAGGAGCUGAUGCGGCGUGACCGUAUCAUACACACCUUAACUGCACAGUGCACAACUGGCCAGGAGGAAUGUGAUCGGCUUCGACAUGAGAUUGUGGACCUUGGAGAGAAAGGGCAGGUGAUACCGCAGCUUGAGACACGAGUGUCUGAGAGUGAUGCACGGCUAAAGCGUGUCAAUGAGGAGUUCACAAGGCAGGUGUCACAGGCAAUUCCCAUCCGAGAGUUUGAAGCUGCCCUGCGGGAGCUGAGAGAGGUUUCCACCAGGCAAGAUGCACUGGAUAUUCAGCAGCGCGAGCGGCUGGAGAGUGAUGUCAACUUGCUACGACUUCAGCUGGAACGCUGCAAGCAGCCCUACUCCCCUGACGGCAUGCCAUCUGAACCUCCGGGUAACGUAACUCCACAGCAGAUCUGCGACUUUGAGGCACUUCUCUGUCGUCGUGAGUCUCACAUUCAGCAACUCCAAGAGGAUGUGGUGAAGUGGCGGCAGCUGUACUCGGAUGAGUUGAACCUGGUUGCUUCCACGGACACAAACGGCUUGCGCAGUUAUCCGACACGGUCUCAGUCGCUGGGCGACGUCACAUCCGACGAGCGUAACUCGUCCGAUCAGCAACGUCAGCAGCAACAACAACAGCAGCAGGAACAACAACGACGCCGCGUUGAGAUCGUGAGCGCUGACCUGUUCUCCGCCAAUCGGCGCGUGGUGGAGCUGGAGACGGUCGUCAAGCAGCUGCGCUUCCUCAUGACCGACCUCAGCAAGGAGUUGACGAACGUGCGACGCCUACGCGAUGAAGAUGAGCGGCAGGUCGGGAGAGACAUCGCCACCGCCGCCACCACCGCUGCGGGAGACCGUGAAAACCGCAACGGAGGUCAUGACGGUGGCGGUGAUGAUGAAAGAGCCGCUUCUCCCGACUCCUCAAGCUUGUCCCCGCUAUCACCAAUCUCCAAGAAUGGCAUGUCGUUUGGUAGCGUUGAACAUCUGUAAGCUCGAACGUUUUCCGGUCUUUUGAUGCCGGAGAAUGUACUCAGUACUCUGACUUUGAACAGUCGCUUGUAACGUUACUUGUACGUUUAUAGUUGGGCAACAGAGCGUAUUGCCGGUUUCGUCGCUCUGUUUCUGAUGUCAUGGCACAUGCUGCUGUCACCUAGAACUAUAUCAAUAAUAUUAUAGUGCGCACUGUACGGGAGGUAAUUUUGCAUACGUAUCAAUUUGCACGCCAGCGUCUUGAACGGUGCCAUCGUGGAGUCGGGACCGUGCAAGUCCUGGGCCACAUCACCUACUAGUCUGCCCUGGUGUACAGUAUAGGUUGAAUUUCACCUAUUGUCUAUAGGACAACUGUCUCAGUCACACCUAUUGUCUAUAGGACAACUGUCUCAGUCACACCUAUUGUCUAUAGCCUAGGGCAACCAGGAUACUGUUGAGUCAAAAUGUACAAUAAGGAUUGAAAUUUUAUACGCCAUUUUUCAACC